CCGGGACCCUCCGCAGCCAUGUAGGGCCCGCGGCCGCCGCCAUGGACGGCAGCGGCGCCGCGGCUCCGGCGGGGCCGAGCCUGCCCAACCUCACCCCGCGGCACCGGCAGCUCAUCCCCACGCCCUGCGGGCCCAUAAAACCAUGUUCAGAGCUCUCACUCCCCGUGAAGAUCUACUUCUGUGUCACUAUUUUGUCCCUGCUGAGUGUCAUAGGGCUGACCAUAGAGACACUGGUGCGCCAGACUGAGGAGGAUUUCACCAUUUCCUUUAUUCAGUUGGUUGGAGUUGUGUUCUGUGUGUACUACGUGAGCAGGGGCAUCCUGCAGGAGAACCGGCAGGAGCUGGGUGUGUUCGUGCUGUCCGUGCUGCUCGUGAUGCUGCGCUCCGUCAUCAACUUCACCCUGCAGCCUGCCCAGCAGAGAGCACAGCUCCUGGCCCGUUUUGUGCUGGUGCUGCUGGUGGGCUCCUUCCACGUGCUCUGUGCCCUGCUGCUCAUCCAGAGCCAGCCCCUGAUGGCGUUCCGGGUCGGGGGCGCCCUGCAGAGCCUCCAGUCCCAGUACUUCAUGCUCAACCUCUGCUUCUCCAUGCUCACCUUUGACCUGCAGGCACAGCUGUGCCUGUGCAUCCUCCUGAUCAGCCUGCACGGGGUCACCCUGCUGCACAACAUCAUCUCAGCCACGGGCGUCGUGUGGGGCUGCCUCAAGGUCACCGUGGGCAUCACUGCAAUUUUGAAGGAGCUGAAACCUCUGGUGUGGGUAUUUGUGAUUCAGAAUGUGCCUGAGGUGGUUUAUCUCAUCUACCUGCUCUACACGGUGAUAAGGGAGUGGGGCAAGGGCAGCUCUCACACCCUGGAAGCCGCUUUCAUCACUGGCUCCUGCAUUUCUGUCGCAAUCAAGUCUGUUCUGUUCUGGGCCCUGGCUCACGUCUACCGCAGCUUCGGGCAGGGCCUGAGGGAGAGAAUGUUCUCCUCCUAUGGAAGGAUCGACUCCUGAGCCUCCCCCCGCUCCCCUGCAGCUCCCACAGGGUGCAGCCCCCCUGGAGCUCCCGGGUGGCUCCCAGGGGUGGCUGUCCCCCGCUGGAGGAGGCGCAGGAAGGUGUCACACGUUCCUUGGGGCAGAGCUUACAAAGCAAAACGUGCUGGGGAAAUUCCCAGCGGAUGCUGCUGACAGGACCGAGCAUCUUUCACUCCUUUUCCUUUGGAGGCACAGGGGGUUCACAGCUGCAUGGCAGUGGGGAAUGUUGCUCCUUUCAGUGCUUUUUGCUUGGAGAGACACAAGAAAUGUGCACACCUCUCCUCUGUACCUGUCUGGAAGGGGAUUCUGUCAUUUCCCAGCUGGGAUCUGCUGCUGAGCAGCUCCAGCCCUGCUGGGUUGGUGGCAGUGGUGUCCCCUGUCCAGGGCUCCUUUUUCUCCUCUGGCUUCAGAAUAUUUCAGUUAUUUUUGUUUUUUAACCCCUGCUCCCUGUAACCUCAGCCCUCCCUCAGUGUAACCGAGGUGCCAUUUCAGACCAGGGGGACUGUUACAAUUAAGCCUUUAAUAUUGUAAUUUAAAAGUUUGGUAUUUUGACUGGAACCUUUAACUACUGGCUAUUUUUUAAUAAAGUAUAAGCACA